UUUUCGGUAGCUCAGUCAGGCAGACAAUCGUUUGUAAAUCGCAUAUUAUGUAGAUGUUCUACCAAUUGUAGAAACGAUGUAUAGCAACUUCUACCCACGAUCGACGCAAAACAAGCAGUUUAUAAACUUUUUCCAUGUAUAGGUAGGAAAUAUGUUUAUCAGCAGAAACGCUGCGGUUUGCACGCUCGCGUACAUUAUUUCAACUUCUUACACGUGGAGUACCCAAAUAAGAACUUGAAUCUCACGUUUCUAUAGUAUAUUUAAAAACAAUGUAUAAUUAUGUAUUUAAUUUUAUAAUUUUGAACCUUAAUGACAAGAAAAAACAAAAUGCGAGUAAGUAUAAAACCAGAAUAAAAUCCUGGAGAAAUCACAUUCCCGUUGAAUAUCUCGUUCUACAAUGUCGAACUCCAGUGAUAUUUUCAUCAAUGAUUCAUCAUGCUCCCAAAUACCGGCAGCGCAACAACUACGUCAAAAUGUUUUGAACUACCUAGAGAGGGAAAGACCGUUCCGGUAUGAUGAAAUAAGAUCGAGUCCAUCGUACUCUCCGAUUCCAGCAGCAAGAGAAAGACCCUUUCAAUUCGAAGAAAGACCGAGCAGCAGCGGCCCUGAAAGAGUUCCUAAUAGUAAAAAACGAGGGACCAAAACUUUGUAUUCGUACAUUAAAAAGCCUGCAAAGGGUUUACAAUCGAAAGUAAUACGGAUCCAAAUCUAUGAUGCAGAAGAUUUAAAAAGUUCUAAAUUAUGUGAGUGUAGGGCUAAUGUAUGCGCUCAGCAUAUUGUUGAAAAUGUGUUUAACGAUGAUAUAUACAAGUGCGCAAAAGAUAUGAUAAGUAAAAUUCAAAAGAAACUGUAAAUAAUUCAUAAAUAAACAAUAUUACUGAUGUCUGUCUUUUAAUUACCAGAUUAACCUAUUAUUAAACAAGCAUUGCUCACUUAUGUACCUACUUACCUACCUACUCAACUGUAUAUAAAUUAAU